CUAGACUUGGAUAUACUUCAGUCUAGAGCCGCGCAAGAAGACGAUUCUCUCUGUGAGUUUUCGCUCCUCUCUACUUGUCGUCUCUCUGAUUAUCUUCGUUGCUACUGUCUCGUUUUGUGUAUAAGUAGGGUUCUUGCUUGUUUUCUCUCAUCGUGUGUUCUGCUGCUAGCUCCUGUAGAUUUUUCUAAGUUCCUUGUUUUGUUCAUUUCGAGUUUUAUUGAUCUGAUAUAAAUCGUCCGUUGAUUUGUUAUUUUGUUAUGCUUUAUUGAUUUUGCAGAAAGUAUCGUCCUUGGAAUGAGUAAUAUUACACUUUCAGUGAUGAAACUUUUCGUUUAUUUGAUUGGUUUUGAUAACAUCCUUACUGUAUUACGACUGUUAAUCUUGAGUUGAAGAAAUGAAGCACAACAAUGUUAUCCCCAAUGGUCACUUCAAAAAGCACUGGCAGAAUUAUGUCAAGACAUGGUUCAACCAGCCUGCCAGGAAAACCAGAAGAAGAAUUGCGAGGCAAAAGAAGGCUGUGAAGAUCUUCCCUCGUCCAACUUCUGGACCUCUCCGCCCUGUUGUGCAUGGUCAGACUCUUAAGUACAACAUGAAGGUCAGAACCGGUAAAGGAUUCACUCUUGAAGAGCUCAAGGCUGCUGGUAUCCCAAAGAAGUUGGCGCCUACAAUUGGUAUUGCUGUUGACCAUCGUCGCAAGAACCGAUCUUUGGAGGGUCUUCAAACAAAUGUCCAGAGGCUGAAAACCUACAAGACCAAGUUAGUCAUUUUCCCGCGUCGUGCCCGCAAGGUCAAGGCUGGUGACUCUACACCAGAAGAGUUGGCUAAUGCUACCCAAGUUCAAGGAGACUACUUGCCUAUUGUACGUGAGAAGCCUACCAUGGAACUCGUCAAGCUGACUUCAGAAAUGAAGUCUUUCAAGGCUUUUGACAAGAUACGCCUUGAGCGCACUAACAAGAGGCAUGCCGGAGCUAGAGCCAAGAGAGCCGCAGAGGCUGAGAAAGAAGAGAAGAAGUGAGGUCGUUCUUCUUAGGUAGAAGAAACUUUUAUCUUAUCAACUUUUGGAACUGAAUUUUGUGUAUCAGACUGUCUUUUCUUUCAUCAGUUUUUAUCCUUAAAUCUUUGAUUUUGCUGCUACCUUGCUUCUCUUGAUUUAUGGAAAAGACCGUAUCUCACAUCUCUACUUGCUAUAGUUUCCUCUUAUUUCGUAUGUUUUUUUCUCUAUAGUCUAAAAAUUUAAGCCUAAAUUGAC